AAUCGAUAGUGAACGUUCAAGGCGGAAAGAUGGAAUCGCGUGAUAAAUUCAACUAUGCUGUCCGGGUAAAAUUGGAACCUGAAGAUGAGUUUCCCACCGAAAACAAUCAUAAGAAUUUGGAUGAGACAGUCCAUACCGAGAAUUUUCAAUGUCUAAGGUUUCUGCCAGAAAAUCCAGUUCAGAUGCUUCAAAAGUACGACGAAAAUCAUGAAAAUGAACUUGACGAUCUACAAAUCGAUUUUGAAUGUAAAGACAUGAAGCAGAACGUGGAUCUAUUAGUAGUUAAGAAAACUGAAGAUCAUUCUCAAAAUUAUUUGCCGAAUUCGAUAUACAGCGAUGAUAAUCAAACUCAAAACACUAUAAAAUUAGAAACUGUACAGAUGGUAAAGAAAGAAAUUUCUGGAGAUGAAGCAACAAAAUUGAAUUUCAAAAGAAAGGGAGUUACCGAAGAGUUGAAUGACACAUGCAGUACAAGUGGAAAAAAAUUUAAGAAAAAAAAGUAUCUAAGAGCCCACGUCGAUUCAGUGCACAAUGGUAUUAACUACGCAUGUAAUACAUGUGGAAAGUCAUUCAAACAAAGAAUUCAUCUUAAAAUACACGUUGAUUCGGUGCACAAGGGUAUCACUCAUACAUGUGAUAUAUGCGAAAAGACGUUCACACAAAAGUGUCAUUUAAAAUUACACAUCAAUUCUGUGCACCGUAAAAUCACGUACGCAUGCGAUAAGUGUGAUAAGUCAUUCUCACAAAAGAGUCAUCUCACUAUCCACACCAGUUCGAUUCAUGAUGGCGUCACAUAUAUGUGUGAUAGUUGCGGAAAAAUAUUCACACGAAAGAAUAAUCUCCAAACCCACAUCAAUUCUGUGCAUAAAACUCUAAUAACACGUAAAAAAUGUGAUAUAUGCGAAAAGACGUUCACACAAAAGGGUCAUUUAAAAGGUCUAUGUCAAAUCUUAUUCAGCAUAAAACCUUAUCAGGACUUUAGUUUGAAGUGCACAAGUCAUGAAAAACCAUUUCUUACACCUACCAAGUGGGGCAAUGCUUUUCUUACGGAGACCGGAAAGUGUCAAAUUUUUCGAGAGUACUAUUCAAUCUUAUUCACCGUCUAA